GUACCCCACUCCUUUUCUUUUCACUCUCUCUCCUCAAAACCCUCCAUUUUCUCUCUCUAAAAAUGGACCCACCACCUCUCUCCACCACCUCCGCCACCUCCGCCGCCGUAACCACCCCCACAUAUUCCACCACCACCGCCGCCGCAAUACCCACGACCUACCCCGACUCGUUAGACUCAUCUCCGCGAUCCCGAACCACCGAAUCCUUCUUCGACGACCCGCCGCCGUUACCGCCGCAGCUUUCUUCAAAGCUCCGCUUCAUGUGCUCCUACGGCGGCCACAUAGUCCCGCGCCCUCACGAUAAGCUGUUAUGCUACGUAGGCGGGGACACGCGCAUCGUCGUGGUGGAUCGUCAUACGACGCUGUCGUCUCUGUGUUCGCGUUUGUCGAACACUUUGCUAAACGGCAGGUCGUUUACUCUGAAAUAUCAGCUGCCGAGUGAGGAUUUGGAUUCGUUAAUUUCAGUUACGACCGAUGAGGAUUUGGAUAACAUGAUCGACGAGUAUGACCGGACGAGUAUUAGUAACGGUAGUUCCGGUAAGUCGUCGAGGUUGAGACUGUUUUUGUUUCCGGUGAAGCCUGAGUCGACUCAGUCACUCGGUCCGAUUCUGGAGAGUAGUGGGAAGAGUGGGGAUGACUGGUUUUUGAGUGCGUUGAAUGGCGGCGGCGCCGCUUCUUUAAAUAGAGGGUUCUCUGAUCCGUCGGCUUCAGUUAAUUGUUUGUUGGGGCUUGAUGAUGAUAGUAAUAACGGGAAUAAUAAUGGGUUAAAUGGUAAUUUGGUUGGUGGCGGUGGUGGUGAGGGCUUGCAGAAGAAGGGGCAGGAUUUCCAUUCGGUGCCGGAUUCUCCGAUGUUGGAAACGACGUCGUCGUUUGGGUCAACUUCUAGUUCGCCUUCACUUGCUAAUUUGCCGCCGAUUAGAGUUCAUGUUGUGGAGGAUCAGAAUAAUAAGGUUGUGGGUAUUGAGGAUCAGUUUGCUCAGAUCAGUGUUGUCGGCGGCGGCGGCGGGCAGAAAUCUGAUGAGGGUUUUAUGGUGAUUUCUUCACCUCCGCCGCCUUUGCCUGUUUCGUUGGGUAUUUCUGCAGGUGGAGGUGGUGUGGCUGUGGGGACACCGGUGACUAUGGGUGCUGGUGGUGGUGGGAGUGAGUAUCAGAAUAGGGUUUUUUCUGAUGAUGAGAGAUCAGACCAUGGUGCUCCUGUUGGAUAUAGAAAGCCGCCGACUCCGCAGACACAGCAGCAGACGGUUGUGGUUCCUCAGACUCAACAGAAGUCUGGCAGUGGUGGUGGCGGUAGUACCGGUGCUGUCGAUUUGGCUUCUCCGGAUUCAGUUUCGAGUGAUUGUAGCCUUAGCAAUGCUAUAAAUCGACAAAAACCACCCGCGAUCUAUCAAGAUCAGGCUAUGCAAUUCCCUUCUGGAGUUACUAGGGUUACUGCUAAUCCUGUUGAUCCAAAAUUCAAUGUCUCUGAUCCUAAUUCUCGGGGGCAGAUUCAGCAACAGGUUCAGGACGGCGGGUAUGUCUUGCAGCAGCAGCCUCAAUACGAACAGCAGCAGCUGCGGCAACCUCAGUACGAACAACAGCAGCAGCCGCAGUACGAGCAACAGCAGCCUCAAUACGAACAACAGCAAACGCAACAGCCCCAGCCGCCACAGCAGUUCAUUCACGCUGGCGCUCAUUAUAUUCAGCAUCAUCCUGCAGGGCCAGUGCCUAUCUCAGCGUAUUACCCUAUGUACCCGCCUCAGCAGCAACACCAUCUCCCACAUCAUCAUCAGCUAGAUCAGCAGUACCCAGUUUAUUAUAUGCCUGCACGGCAAGCCCAACCUUAUAAUCUCCCCGUGCAGCAAUCUAGUAUCAGUGAACAAUCCACACCGACAGCACAUUCUAGCCGACCCCAAACACCUCCUAAUGCUGCCAUGGUUCCUCCUUCCGCAGCUUACACUCAAAUGAGAAAUGCUCCUGUUGCUAAAUCCGAAAUGGCCGCUGCAGGCAUGUAUAGGACAACAACUACAGGGGCUCCACAAUUAGUUCAGGUCCCUUCUAGUCAGCAUCAACAGCAGUAUGUAGGUUACUCUCAAGUUCAACAUCCAUCACAGUCCGUCGCACCUAAUACUGCAGUCCCUGCUAAUUACGGUUACGAGUUUGCGGAUCCUUCGCAUGCUCAGAUAUACUAUACUCAGCCGCUUGGACAUGCGAUGCAUUCUCAUUAUCAAACUAUGAACACUACAGCUGCUGUAGGAAUGUCGGAAAAUUCUGCGCAGCUUCCCAACGACAGCAUCAAGCAGCAGAUUAGAACUUCGCAGCCGAUUUAAACCAGGUACUGUCGAUAAAACGAGAAUGAAGAAACAAUUUUGAAAAAAGGGUUUGUGAUUUACAUAAUGUCUAUUGCAUUUUGUGUUUAAAAUCUGUUUUUUUUUUAUAUUGGUAUUGGUUUGUGGGUAUGUGUAUUUGUGGUAGAUAAUAAGGAACUUUGGUCUGUCAUUUUUUUCUUUUUGUAUGUCAUAUUGUUUACUGUUAUAGGAAAUGAAAGCAGUGUGGGAUUAUACUGUAAAAUCUCAGAAGACUUCAUUUAUUAUGUGCUGUGCAGUCCAUAUAUCAGUUACUGAAUAAAUGUUUAUAUCAAUGUUAAGAGCUUUCAGUCAA